AUGGACGGUGAAAAGAAUGACGAUUUGGAGAUGAAGAAAAUUCAAUCUGAGGAUAUUUCGAAAAAGGAAGGUGAAGAUGAAAAAAGUCAUGGACCUAAAUUCGGCAAAAGGCAUGGACAGAUGCUGAUUUACUUUCUCCUCAUAUUGAUCGCAUACUCUAUUCGAGUGAACUUAUCCGUAGGAAUAGUAGCCAUGACAGAUCCGACAGCUAGUUUGAAUCCAAAUAUACCGACGUACAACUGGACAGACAAAAGCAUAGUCCUCUCGGCCUUCUUCUGGGGCUACAUCCUGCCCCAGAUCGCAGCUGGCUGGCUGGCCAACCGCUACGGCCCCAAGUGGUUCCUUGUGGGAGCCAUGGGCGUCUGCUCCUUAGCAGGACUGUUUCUGCCUACCAUGGCGGCGCAGUUUGGCUCGAGGGGAGUGAUGGCUGCUAGAGCGCUGCAAGGGCUGUCCCAAGGUUUCAUUUUUCCUUCGAUUCACAAUCUGCUGGCGAAAUGGGUGCCGCCUGGAGAGAGAAGUCGACUUGGCACCUUCGUAUAUGCCGCUGGUCCCUUCGGUACCGUAGUAUCAAUGUUGCUAACGGGUUUGAUAGCUUCGAGUUGGUAUGGUUGGCCGAUGGUAUUCUACUCUUUCAGUGGAGCUGGGUUAGCUUGGUGCUUCCUCUUUUCCUACUAUGGUUGCGACGGACCAUCACACCAUCCGACGAUAACCAAAGAAGAGCAGUUUUACAUCGAAAAUAGUUUAGGACACGCUGAACACAAGCCGAGAAUGUCUACUCCUUGGAAAAAAAUCUUCACUUCUCUGCCUGUUUGGGCAAUUUUCCUCACUCAAAGUGGACACAAUUGGGGCUUCUGGACACUUCUAACUGAAAUCCCUGCCUACAUGGGUCAUGUCAUGAAUUUCAACAUCAAAUCGAAUAGCGUUCUCUCUGCCCUUCCGUACUUCGUUCUGUGGGUUAUGAGUUUCGUCUUCAGCUAUAUCGCUGAUCUAUUCGUCAAUCAUAAUAUCUUCAGCAUUGGAGUUUCUAGAAAAGUGUUCAACACUAUAGGUCUGAUAGUACCAGCCAUCGCCCUGGUAUUCCUAGGGAGUACUGGUGAAGAUGAACACAAUAAAGCCAUAGCUCUACUAGUUGUAGCAGUUGGAAUCAACUCGGCCAUAUUUUGUGGUUUUAAUGUCAACCACAUGGAUAUAUCGCCUAACCACGCAGGUCCUUUGAUGGGUGUUACAAAUGGAGCUUCUAAUGUAUGUGGAAUAAUCGCCCCACUUGUAGUUCAAUUAUUAGUCACUGAUGAGAAAGAUCCAGAACAGUGGAAAGUGAUAUUUUACCUCACUGCCUCAAUUUAUGCAGCUGCUAGCUUGAUCUUCGUGGUUUUUGGUUCAGGAGAAAUUCAACCUUGGAAUGAUGAGGAAAAGAAUGGAAAAGAAAAAUCUGAAGCCUAA